AUGGCCCUUAAGGUUCCUUCCAAAGAGCUGGAGCUGCACCCUGAGCAUCGUCCUGACCACUCUUCGAGUACCACAGGAGUGCUUUGCGAAACGUGCUCACAAAUGCUCCCGAGGCGUCUGGAGGGCGGUCCACACCAUCAAACCCUAGGGUCGUUAGAAGCUGCUGCUGAAGCUGGCUGUUACAUCUGCGUGCGCCUGCUGCAGUUCACUGUGAAAACCGCUGGCAGGCACUGGGAGGGCUGCGUGAGAGAGCCGUUUUACUACAAUCAAUAUGAAUACAGAAAGCCCACACCAGAUUAUGAGAAUCUGCAGAGGUCGACCGCAGAGUUAUUCAUCCAUGCCCAUGUUGGCAUGGAGGGGGGCAGUUCUGCUAUAGACAAGAUGCUUCUGGUGGUCGCUCCCGCAUCCGCAACUUCUCUACCAGCCAGGACCAGCGUCUGGGGUAGGAAGUCCGCUAUUCCACUAGAUGAAGCGGUGGCCCAAAUCGAAAGAUGGAUGACAGCCUGCAUUGGUGACCAUGAUGGAACGGCAUGCUUAAAAAAUACACACCCGAGCUUUUAUCCAUCACGACUUCUGGAAUUGGGAGAGACAACCUUCCGCGUUGUUCGGACUGCCACCGAAAGACCCUAUGGUCCGUAUGUGGCUUUGAGCUAUUGUUGGGGGCCUAAUCCGUCAUUUUUGAGACUUACCGAUGUCAAUGAGAAGGGACUUGAGGCAGGAAUGUCUAUUUCUGAGCUACCUAUCGCAUUCCGAGAGGCAAUUGAUAUCGUCAGAAGGCUGGCAUAUCGCUACCUUUGGAUCGACUCGCUAUGCAUUCUGCAAUCCGGACCCGGAAGCGCAGAAGACUGGCAAAGAGAGUCCGCUUUGAUGUACCAGGUAUACUCUGGCAGCAUUUUGACACUUGCGUUGGCGCGUGCGGCGACACCAGAUGAGAGUGUUCUCGGUGGAAGGCCCCCAGAUGUGACGCUGCCAUACGAAUUCCAUGAUGAUACCACUCGACCUUGUACAGUCAUAUUUCCGGAUUAUUUCAGAAAAGCAUUAUACGAUCAGGCCUUGAACGAACGUGGCUGGGCUCUACAGGAGCGCGUGAUGGCCCCGCGUGUUGUUAGUUUCGGCGCAGGAGAGCUUUUCUGGGACUGUGCCCAGGUUUCUAACGCAAGCGAGUCGAUCCCAGGCGGCUUAGAGUCCAUACUAGAGCCUGGGGAUGUCGCCGUUAGCCACUUUGGUCUACCAGACAAGUCUAUACCUUCUAAUAAGGCAGGCUACGAUGCUUUGCUAAAGAAUUGGUGGAGUUUGUUGGAAGAGUAUACAAGACGGAAAAUCACCUACCCAGAGAACGACAAGCUGGUUGCCAUGUCUGCGAUUGCUAUGCAAAUGGCAAAGUCAAUAAACGAUGUGUACAUCGCUGGUCACUUCUUGAAGACUUUGCCCAGCAGUCUGGAUUGGGGUCCGUGGGCUCGACAUUGGCGCCAGGGGCUUCCAGAACGCCGAAAGCUCUCAGGCUCGGUAUCAACAAAAGAUGAAAGUAAGGUGAAUUUGGCGCCUACUUGGAGCUGGGCCUCGAUGGAUAGCCCUAUAUGUUGCUACACACCGUGGACCGGUGCAAGUGGCACGCUAUUGGCGGAGGUAGAAUCGUACACGCUGAAACUGGCCGAUGAGAACAACCCUACCGGUCCAUGUAUUUUCGCAAGCCUCACCAUCCGUGGCUACUGUAUGGAGAUUCGAUGGGAACGCGGGGGCUAUAUGGGGUUUACACCGACGGCGCGUUCAGUGGAGUGGUGUUGCAAAAAUCUCUGCUCGUGCCAUUUUGAGCCUGAUCAUUGCGAGUUCAGUGAUUUAUCAUAUCCGGACGGAACAGUUCAAUACGUGCUAGUGAUCCAUGAAGAAAAAGAAUAUCUGCGAUGGUCAGGCAUAGUCGUGGAGAGGGUGCCACUAGAAGCCGAGACGCGAUAUAGGAGGGUCGGCCACUUCGAGGUUUUCGGAAGGGUUAGGUCUGAGGAUACGAGAUCAAGAUUCUGGGAUGAUCGAUUCUCGAUUUGUGGGGACGAGAAAAUGCUCAUGAAGCUGGUGUAA